AUGAGUUCUUUGAAGCAGUUCAUCCGCAACGUUCGCGCUGCCAAGACCAUCGCCGACGAACGAGCCGUUAUUCAGAAAGAGAGCGCCUCCAUCCGAGCAAGCUUCAGAGAAGAGAGCGGCGACCACAGCGUGAGGCGGAACAAUGUUGCCAAGCUCCUAUACCUCUUCACCCUCGGUGAGAGAACACAUUUUGGUCAGAUCGAAUGCCUGAAGCUGCUGGCCUCUCCACGAUUUGCCGACAAGCGACUGGGCCAUCUCGCUACUAGUUUGCUGCUCGACGAAAAUCAGGAGGUCUUGACGCUUGUUACAAACUCGCUGCAGAAUGACCUCGCCCACUCGAACCAGUAUGUCGUCGGUCUGGCCCUUUGCACCUUGGGUAAUAUCGCCUCCAUUGAGAUGUCGCGAGACCUGUUCCAGCAAGUCGAGGCCUGCGUCAACACAUCGAACCCGUAUAUUCGAAGGAAGGCGGCUCUCUGUGCCAUGCGGAUAUGUCGCAAGGUCCCAGAUUUGAAAGAGCACUUCGUCGACAAGGUCAGCAACCUGCUGGCCGACCGAAACCACGGCGUCCAGCUGUGCGGUCUGACUCUGGCGACCAGCUUCUGCGAGGCCGACGAAGAGGAAGAUGCGGAUGGUGAUGAGGAUAUUGUCGAGAAGUUUAAGAUCUUUGUACCGAACCUGGUCAAGACACUGAAGGCUCUCGCAACCUCUGGAUAUGCUCCCGAGCAUGACGUUACAGGUAUUAGCGAUCCGUUUGUGCAAGUCAAGAUCCUCCGCUUCCUGAGGGCCUUGGCUACGGGCGACGCACAUGUCAGUGAGCAGAUCAACGAUAUUCUGGCACAGGUUGCGACGAAUACGGACUCCUCAAAGAACGUUGGAAACUCCAUCUUGUAUGAGGCCGUCCUCACCAUCCUCGAUAUCGAGGCGGAUUCUGGUCUUCGCGUGCUCGGUGUCAACAUUCUGGGCAAGUUCCUGUCCAAUCGCGACAACAACAUCCGUUAUGUUGCGCUCAACACUCUCAUUAAGGUAGUCGCCAUCGAGCCAAACGCCGUCCAGAGACACCGCAACACCAUUUUGGAGUGCCUGAGAGACCCGGAUAUCAGCAUCAGGAGGCGAGCGCUCGAACUCAGUUUCACACUUAUAAACGAGAGCAACGUGCGGGUCCUCAUCCGGGAGUUACUUGCAUUCUUGGAGGUCGCCGACAACGAGUUUAAGCCUACCAUGACCAGUCAAAUAGGCAUUGCUGCCGACAAAUUUGCACCGAACAAGCGUUGGCACGUCGACACAAUGUUGCGAGUGUUGACGCUCGCCGGCAAUUAUGUUAAGGAGCCCAUCAUGUCAUCGUUUAUCAGACUGGUGGCCACUACCCCUGAACUGCAGACUUAUGCCGUUCAGAAGCUUUACAUCAACUUGAAAAAGGAUAUUACGCAGGAGAGUCUGACACAAGCCGGAGCGUGGUGCAUCGGUGAAUACGGUGAUGCCCUCUUGAGAGGUGGGCAAUAUGAAGAGGAAGAACUGGUUCGGGAGGUCAAGCAGCACGAACUCAUCGACUUGUUCACGACCAUCCUCAACAGCAACCACGCGACUCAAGUCUCAACCGAGUACAUCGUUACGGCUCUCGUUAAGCUGACGGCGAGAUUGUCGGAUCCUGCGCAACUCGAUCGCAUCCGCCGGUUGCUUGAAGUCCACCAGACAAGUCUGGAUGUUGAGGUUCAGCAAAGAGCUGUUGAGUACACCAACCUGUUCUCGUACGACCAGAUCCGCUCUGGUGUUCUUGAGAAGAUGCCGCCGCCCCAAAUCAAGGAGGAAUCCCGCGUACUGGGCGCCGCGACCACCACAAAGAAGGCCAAGGCCGCCAACAGGAAAUCGAGGGUCGUCAAGCCGACCGAGCAGGAUCUCCUAUUCGACCUCAUGGACACCCCUCCAACAACAACACCCGCCGCCGGUGGCGCCUCUAACACUGACCUUCUCGCUGACAUUCUGGGCGGUACCUCAUCGCCCCCUACAUCAACAUCUCCUGGCCCGCAACAAUCCCAGGCAGCCUCGAUCAUGGACCUCUUCUCCCAAGGUCCAGCCCAGCCAGUGGGCUCCCCUGCACCAGUUAUGGGUGGCUCGAACAUGGACCUGAUGUCGUCCAUGUCCGCCGUGGCAACCCCUCCGCCCCAGGCGCAGGCCGCUCCGCAGGCACCCGCAGGCCUUCCUGUCUACGACAACAACGGUCUCAACGUCAGCUUCCAGAUCCAACGCAACGCCGAGGGUCUAGUCCAAGUUAUAGGUCGCUUCAGAAACUCAGGCCCCGGUCCUUUGUCAAACGUGGGAUUACAGGCAGCCGUUCCCAAGACGCAGAAGCUGCAGCUCAUGGCCAUUUCGAGCACGGAUGUCGGUCCUGGUGCUGAAGCCACCCAGAGAAUGAUUGUUUCUGGAGCCAAGGGAUUCCUCCCCGGCCAAUGGCUCGACACCUACGUCCCCGGCGUGCCCAAGGCAGGCGGCUUCACCCUCACCAGCCCGCCAUCCAAGGCCGUCUUGCCGAGAUCUGCAUACCUCGAGCUCGCGGUGCAGAAUUCACCGACGAACCCGGCCGCCGCUUGGCUCUGGGAUCAGCCCGUCGACGACGACGACGACGACGACGAGAACGAGGACCGCUCUCUAGUAGAGAGGAAACCAGAGAUUCAGGUCCGCGUCGGCGGGUCCUUUGUCUGGCCACCCCCCGGGAUCACCGACUUGGCCUCCCUGCGGCGAAUCGUCUUUAUCGCGGGCGGCGUCGGAGUGAAUCCACUGAUGAGUAUCGUGAGCCACCUGGCGGAAGGGGUAGAGGGGGUGGACGGGGAGAGGAGCAGUUGCCCAUACGACGUCCAGUUCAUGUACUCAACAAAGGUGCCGCCGUCACCGCCAGACUCUUUUGGCGAGAGCAGCAUCCUCGAUUCCGAAAAGAUCCUCUUCAUGGAGCGGCUGGCGGCUAUUUUUGGCCGGGAAAAGGUUCGUGGUCAGAUGCGGAUGUUCUUGACUGGCCUCGGUCCGGGUCCCGCGUCUCCAAGGUCUGAGUCAGUUCUACGUUGCAACGAGAUGGACGUCCCGUUUAAGAGGCGUCGCAUGGGUUUGGAGGACGUGGCGGAAGCCUUGGGGCCCGAAGCGGAACGCGGCAAUGUGUUGGUGUAUCCUCACGUCGAAGAGUGGGUUGAAUCUAAGGCCUGA